AUGUUAGAAAAUAAAAAGCUAUCAAGUAUCGCAGAAUUAUAUCAACACAUGAAGCCAUUGGAACAAGCGUUUCCGCGCAUCAUGUCAAUGGUUCAAGCUGCACUUACGAUCCCGGUGUCAUCUUCGACUUGUGAACGUGUCUUUUCGAAAAUGAAUUUAAUCAAAACACGUAUACGAAAUAGUAUGGCUGAUGAACGAUUAGGUGAUCUUUGUAUUUUGUCAAUUGAACGUGAUUACGAAAUCAACUUUGAACAAGUUAUUGAUCAGUUUUCAGUUGUGCAUAAAAAUAGUAGAAUUAUGCUGUGCUAG